AUGUCUACCACAAGAAUCUCAACACCGAAAAGGUCACCCAAAAAAUCGACUUUCGUCAAAACUGGAAUUUUGAGUACCAAAUCAACACCCAAUCUCAACGCCUCCUAUAAUUUGGCAUUACUACAAGCUUCAGGAGCUACACCCGUUCCUGCAUAUCUGCCCAAUAACGGUCAAGGUUUUGCUUUGAAUUAUCCUAGGUCGCAACCAUCUCGACAAGUCUCACUCGCUUCCCUUACCUCGAACUCACUUGCGACAAUCCCAGAUGCAAGCAAGAGAUACCCUCUUUCUACAGUUUUUGAUGAGGAUAUGCCAACAGUAGGCAACAUGCUACCAUACACACCUGCUCGAGCUGGCGGUGGGCCCGAGGAACUAGAGGUUGGUGAUAUAGUCGAUGUACCAGGUAACAUGUAUGGCAUUGUCAAAUUUGUUGGCAGUGUGCAAGGCAAAAAGGGUGUAUUUGCUGGAGUAGAAUUAAGUGAAAUGUUUGCUUCGAAAGGGAAAAACAAUGGAGAUGUUGACGGAAUUCACUACUUCGACACCACAAUCGACGGUGCUGGAAUUUUUCUCCCAGUUAACAGGGCGAAAAGACGUAGCAUUCCUUCUUCGCACGAUGAGUCAUUUCCCCUUUCACCGGCUUCUCCAUCGAUGGGCAAUAGGGCUGGGAGAUUAGGAUCAGAGUUAAAUGGUCAACCAACACCUUUGUUACCAAAGUUCAGUCAAUCUGUUGGUCCAGGCAGAGCAGUAAACCCAUAUGUUCAAAAGACACGACCAUCCAUAUCUACACCUACCACGUCAAGACCAGAGUCACCAGUUCGAAGAGCGCCCAAUGCUAACCCAUCAUUAAAUACACCUGCACAAAGAGUUCCAUCUCGAUAUGCAAGUCCUGCACAGGCAAACUUUGGACAGAGCGUUAGAGGAACACAGGAUUCUAGAGAUCCAAGUAAGAAAGUUGGUUAUACCCCCCGAAAUGGUAUGAAAACACCAGUACCUCCACGAAGUGUUUCCGCACUUGGAACGGGGAAUAGACCUGCACCAAUGAACUCGAUGAAUUACAGUGAUGAAGAGACACCUCCUGCAGAGAUCGCACGCACGGCAACAAACGGAAGCGUUGGCUCAGUCUCUUCCUUUAACGCCAAAUUACGUCCUGCAUCAAGAUCCGCAUCGCGUACAACCUCCCGAGCUACUGACGACGAAUUUGAGCGAUUGAGAAGUCUGUUAGAAGAUCGAGAUAGGGAAAUUAAAGAGCAGGCUUCUAUUAUAGAAGACAUGGAGAAAACUCUCAGCGAAGCACAAUCGUUGAUGGAGAACAAUAAUGAGAACGCAAGUGGUAGACAUAGUCGGGGAAGUGUGGAUGACAAAGACGCAACACAGUUGAGGGCAAUAAUACGUGAAAAGAACGACAAAAUCGCCAUGCUGACUGCCGAGUUUGAUCAGCAUCGAGCUGAUUUCAGAAGCACGAUAGACACGCUCGAAAUGGCCGGUGCGGAAACCGAGCGAGUGUAUGAUGAGCGCAUGCGUGCUCUUGUAAUGGAACUCGAUACCAUGCACGAGAAUAGUCACGAUGUAAAGCACGUUGCUGUACAACUGAAACAGCUAGAAGAGCUCGUUCAAGAGCUCGAGGAGGGUCUUGAAGAUGCACGACGUGGUGAAGCCGAAGCUCGGGGUGAAGUUGAGUUCUUGCGUGGAGAGGUCGAGAGAACUCGAUCUGAACUCCGCCGCGAGCGAGAGAAGACUGCCGAAGCUCUUAAGAUUGCGCAAAGAGAUGAUGAAAUUCGUGGAUUGAAAGCCAUCAUCCACUCGCUCAGCAGAGAUGCCAUACCUGAUGGGAAUUUCUCGGACCAGGACACAACACCAAACAUUCUACGACCUGGACUCAGUCGAAGCCGUACAGAAAGCGCUUCAGUUUCUGAGGAGGAGCGCCGUAUCCGGGAGAAGCUAGAACGGGAAGUGAGUGAGCUCCGUGCUCUAGUAGAAAGCAAAGGCAAUAAAGAAGAACAAAUGGAGCGCGAGUUAGAGGGACUACGAAGGGGAAGUGUUAGUAAUCCUACUACGCAUCGUACUAGUGCCAUGAGCAGUGGAACUGUGACUCAGGAUAGAAAUUCUCUCCAAGAUACUAAGAGCACAGUUGCAAGCUGGCGAGAACGUGGAACCUCAGAUGCUCACCGCAACAAUCUGGAGACAAUGCCUGAGAAUGACAGCUACUCCUCUGCAGCUGAGGAUUUCUGUGAAUUGUGCGAAACUUCAGGUCAUGAUGUCCUACAUUGCCCGAUGUUUGGCCCCAAUGGUAACAGCAGCAAUUCUAAGGAUGAGUCUCCUAAACAGCAACGAACAGGAAAGGAUGUUGUCAUGGAGGGACUUAAAUUAUCUCCCAAACCAUCCCAAGAAGAAUACGAACCGGCACCGUUAGCGCCAGCCAAGAAAUCGCCUGAUGCAUCGCCUAUCAAAACUAUUCCCAACCUCAUGGAACCAGGAGCUGCACCAGGAAAGGAAAGUGGAGUAAUUAAUAUGGAUAAAUGGUGCGGCGUAUGUGAACGGGACGGACAUGACAGUAUUGAUUGUCCUUUUGAAGAUGCUUUUUAG